AAUAGCGAUCAAUUGUUCUUCCACGCGCGUCGCAUACUCACUGCCGAGUGGCAGCAUAUGGUGUUCAAUGAGUUCUUGCCCCGCGUACUCAGUUGGAACGCUGUGAAUUUGUAUGGCUUGAAAUUACUGCCUCAAGGCUACUACAAGGACUACAAUCCCUCAUGCAGCCCGAUUAUUUUCAAUGAAUUCGCUGCUGCCGCCUUCCGUAUCGGCCAUUCACUGCUGCGUCCACACAUACCACGCUUGAGUGUGAACCACCAACCUGUCGACCCACCACUGCUGUUGCGCGAUGGUUUCUUCCGCAUGGAUGCUAUGCUGCAGCCCGGCAUCAUUGACGAAAUUUCGCGUGGUCUAGUCGCCACUCCCAUGGAAACUUUGGAUCAGUUCAUUACCGGCGAAGUUACUAAUCACUUGUUCGAAGACCGCAAAAUUCCCUUCUCCGGCAUUGAUCUUAUCGCGCUCAAUAUUCAGAGAGCACGUGAUCAUGGCAUUCCCAGCUACAACAACUAUCGCGCUCUUUGCAAUCUGAAACGUGCCGCUACCUGGAGCGAUCUUAGUCGCGAAAUGCCAAAUGAAGUUAUUAAUCGUUUCAAGAAAAUCUAUGCUUCCGUCGAUGAUAUUGAUCUCUUCCCUGGCGCUAUGACCGAACGUCCGUUGCAAGGUGGUUUGGUUGGCCCUACAUUGGCUUGCAUUAUUGGUAUACAAUUUCGUCAACUGCGCAAAUGUGAUCGUUUCUGGUAUGAAAACGCUAAUUCUGAAGUACGUUUCACCGAGGCGCAACUCGCUGAAAUUCGUAAGGUGACAUUGGCGAAAUUCAUUUGUGAUAACUUGGAGAUUCCUGGCGAUAUGCAACGUGCUGCUCUCGAUCUGCCCAGUAACUUCCUCAAUCCACGUGUGCCCUGCUCUUCCAUGCCGCAAAUCGAUUUAAGUUUGUGGCGUGAAAAUGUCCAAGGCUGUCAGAUAGGCAAUAGACAUGUGCGCGUUGGUGAAUCCGCAUUCCCAUCACCCUGUACCAGCUGUGUGUGCUCAGCCGAAGGCCCACAAUGCGCCUCGCUACGCAUUACCGAUUGCGGCCAACUGAUACGUCAAUGGCCCAAAGACGCCAUUCUACGUGAUGAAGUAUGCAACUCUCAGUGUGGCAUCUAUUUGAAUGGCAACGGCAAUGGCGGCAACUUUGCGCAGGCGCGUCAAGCCUCAGUACAAGCACCGGUGCGUGUGCAACGUUCACGACCACAAAAUAUUUUCAAAUUCCCCGAUUUAACACCGUUCAUAGCGUCUUUGUAGAUGCGCAGCAGAAGAUGAUAUCAGCAAGGAAACCUACAUAUACAUACAUACAUACAUACAUAUAUAGAGGAAGUAGCAGAAAAUGUCAGAAAGUCAAACACUUUUUGAUAGACGCUAUUUAGUGUAUUAAGUUAAGAUAAAAUAAAGUAAAAACCGCACAGAAAUUCGACAAACCAAGAAGACACCGAGUAAGUGCAGUGAUGCCUCUGUGUGCUUGCAGCAGCCUAGACUUUGUUAAAUUUACUUAGCUGUAAAAAAGCACGAAAUAUUUUGGCACACCAACGCAGUUUCGUGGCUAAAUUUUUUACUUUUACUUAUGGACAUAAGUACUUUUUCUAUACAAGCGACUACUUUUGAACUCUCACUAAUAGAGAGAGAGUACAGUGAUAAGUGGUUAAACAAAUGAAAUGCUAAUAAAAAAAAAACAUAAAAGAAAUAC